UUUAUUAUGAGUUAGUGAUAUAUUGAUAAAAACCAAACAUGUGUUUGGCUAUGAUCCCAAUGCUUCCUCUCGUGGCCAUUCUCUUAGCCACAUCAUCACUAUCUCAAAUUUGUGAUGCUCAAAACUCACCCCAAGACUACCUCAACGCUCACAACACUGCCCGUUCCCAAGUUGGGGUAGGCCCAAUGAAAUGGGACUCGACAGUGGCUUCUUUUGCACAAAACUACGUGAACAAACUGAAGGGUAACUGCAACAUGGUACACUCUGGGGGUCCUUACGGGGAGAACCUUGCGUGGAGCAGUGGUGACCUAACUGCCACAGCUGCUGUGAACUUGUGGGUGGGAGAGAAGCCAAAGUAUGAUUACAACUCCAACAAAUGCGUUGGUGGAGAGUGCAGACACUACACCCAGGUGGUGUGGCGCAACUCGGUGCGCCUUGGCUGUGCUAAAGUGCGCUGCAACGAUGGUCGUAGCACCAUCAUCAGCUGCAACUAUGAUCCACCAGGGAACUAUAUUGAUCAGAGGCCUUUCGAUAUCAGUGCCUUCCAACUACCAUUCACCUUUAAUAAUGCUGUCGAUGAUAACUAACGUGUGAAGCUACGAAGCCACGUUGUCGGAAUAAAAUACAUGUAUCGAUGGCACUUCUGCAUAUGUUUGUUUCUUUGUUUGUCCGCAUAAAUGACGAAUAAAUGAUGAGAUUGACGAGUUUAUUAUGAAUUAAAAGUCCCAUCCAAAGUUGACAGAAGCAACUUCACACUGCAGUGGAAAAGAUUGUUCCAGAUUUAUAAAAGCUUUGCUAUAAACUAAAUAGGUCAUUUGUCUUUUUAUCAAGAAAUCAACACACACUUUCUAAUA